GGCGCUGUCUGUAAGCACGUAAGGUCAGCCUCGCUCUCGCUACUAGUAGCUCAGAGAUAUAUACGCGCUUCGCCCCUGCUCUGCUCCGCUCACCCUCCACCUCGACCUCGACACGACUCUCUCCCUCUCUCUCCAGCAGAGAGUCAGACAGAGCCGAGCGGAGCAACGCGGAGAGGAGAACAGAGCAAGGGCCAUGGAGGGCGGUGGGGGCGGCAAGGCCAUGGGCUACGCCCACCACCACGACACCGCCAGGCUGCUCAAGGCCUUCACCCGCACCGUCGAGCCGCGCAACUUCGGCAUCGGCCUCGUCGCCGGCUUCCUCCUCGUCACCUGCGCAUACUUCUCCACCGCCAGGUUCGACGCCAUCCACAUCGCGCCCCUCGUCAGCCCCUCGGAGACCCGGAUUGGCUCGUCGGCGAGCGCCGCCGCCGCCGGCUCCAAGAGCCAAUUAGAUUUGGGCGUGCCGGGGCAGGACGCGGCAUUAUCCAGUGAGGGGAGCAAGGCCGAGGUGCUGGACACGGACGGCGACGACAAAGAUUUGGUCCACGAUGCGUCGCUGGCGGACACGAAGAAAGAUGACACCUUUGCCAGGGACGGCGAUGCCGCCGUGGAGGCCGGCAAGGACGAUGACGCCGGCGGCGGCGCUCUUCUCCCUCCCCUGUCGGCCAACGGCACGCAGGAAGAGCAAGGUGUUCUUGAGGACCAGGAGCUGCUGGUGCAGGAUGCCAUUGCCGCUGCUGCUAAUUCUCCAAACAAGAGCUCCAGCAGCAGCAAUGGCGGCUCACAACCCGUGGUUCAAUCCGACCCGGCUACUCUUCCUGCUCCAGUCCAGCAGACUCCUCCUUCCAUCCCAGUUCCAGAGGUCAAGCAGGAGGCCAAGGCUCCUCCAGCCCAGCAGAUUGCCCUCGUCCCACAGCCUGUCAAGCAGCAGCCAGGUUCAGAGGAGGUGGCGACGGCGGCGCCGAGGCGGGAGUGGAAGCCGCUGUGCGACAUGACGUCGAACCGGCGCAUCGACUGGUGCGAGCUGGACGGCGACGUGCGCGUCCACGGCGCCAGGGGCACGGUCACCCUGGUCGGCGCGCCGCGGGCCGAGGAGUGGCGCGUCCGGCCGUACCCGCGCAAGGUCGACCCCAACGCCAUGCGCCACGUGACCAACAUCACCGUGCGCUCCACCACGACUCUCCCCGGCGCCGCCGAGGAGGAGGAGUGCGCGAUCAAGCACUCGGUGCCGGCGCUGCUCUUCUCGGACCGCGGGUACACGGGCAACUACUUCCACGCCUACACCGACGUGAUCCUGCCGCUCUUCCUCACGGCGAAGCGGUACGGCGGGGAGGUGCAGUUCCUCGUCUCCGACAUGCAGAUGUGGUGGGUCGGCAAGUUCCUCCCGGUCUUCAAGAGCCUCUCCAACUACGACCUCGUCGACCUCGCCGCCGACAACCGCACCCGCUGCUUCCAGCACGUCCAGGUCGGCCUCACCUGCCACGCCGACUUCAGCAUCGACCCGCUCCGCGCCCCCAACGGCUACUCCAUGGUCGACUUCACCCGGCACAUGCGCGGCGUCUACGGCCUCCCCCGCGGCCUGGCCGUGCCCGCCGCCGGCGCCAGGCCACGGCUCCUCCUCAUCGCGCGCGCCAGCACGCGCCGGUUCGUGAACGCCGACGAGAUCGUGCGCGCGGCCCAGAAGGUGGGGUUCGAGGUGGUGGUCUCCGAGGGCACGCACGAGGUGGCGCCGUUCGCGGAGCUGGCCAACACCUGCGACGCCAUGCUGGGCGUGCACGGCGCCGGGCUCACCAACAUGGUGUUCCUGCCCACGGGCGGGGUGGUGAUCCAGGUGGUGCCGCUGGGCGGCCUCGAGUUCGUCGCCGGCUACUUCCGCACGCCGUCCAGGGACAUGGGCCUGAGAUACCUCGAGUACCGGAUCGCGCCGGCGGAGAGCACGCUGACGGAGCAGUACCCGCCGGACCACCCGAUAUUCACCGACCCCGACGGCGUGAAGAGCAAGGGGUGGGACUCGCUCAAGCAGGUGUACCUCGACAAGCAGGACGUCCGGCUCGACCUCAAGCGCUUCCGGCCGCUGCUCAAGAAGGCCAUCGCACACAUCAGAGCGAACAAGCUCCAGUGAAUCCAUCACUUGAUCUUCUUCUUCGACAUUUUUUGCUCGAUCUUUUUUACUUCUAGAAGUUAUGAUGAUAUACCAGUAGCAGUAUGUAUCUAUAAUAUAUGCCAGUGUAUGUAGCAGUCUAGCAGAUGCGAUGAGAUCGGCCGAAACAAAAAAGUUGUAUGAUAUGGCAGGCAUGGCGAUCAGGUGUAGAUGACAUGGUGAGAGAUGUUAGAUGAUGGAUGGUUUUUUCGGAGGCAUUUUCAUCA